GCCGUCUCAAUGCCUCCAGCCUAUGCUCUUCUGCUUGCAUUCAUCUGUACGACAAUGUCUGGCCUAGUCAAAGCUUCAAACACUCUGAAAUCUGUAGAUUAUGAAGUUUUUGGCCGUGUUCAGGGUGUGUGCUUCAGGAUGUACACAGAAGAUGAAGCAAGAAAACUUGGUGUGGUUGGAUGGGUGAAAAAUACAAGACAAGGCACUGUACAAGGGCAAGUCCAAGGACCAGAAGAAAAAGUGAAUUCCAUGAAAGCCUGGCUGAGCAAAGUAGGAAGUCCUAGCUCCAGGAUCGACCGCACUGACUUUUCUAAUGAGAAGGAGAUCCCUAGUCUUCAAUUCCAUGGAUUCAGCACAAAAUACUAAAACAAAAUACUACAAUAGGGACAUGAUCCUAACAAAUAUGCUUCCAGAUAGCUCAUACAUAGCAUGAUUGCACUGUAAUGUUUUGCUGACUAAUAACACAAAAGUAAAGGUAUGCUGGAUUAAAGUGCCGGAGCUACUUUAGAACAGCUGAUCGGCAGGGGUGCUAGGUGUUGCAUCCCCGCCAAUCAGAUAUUGGUGGCCUAUCCUGAGGAUAGGUCACCAAUAGUAAUGGAGUGGGCAACCUCUUUAGGGGGUAUUCAGGAUAUGCCAAAAAUCCCUGUUCUCCCACCUCUGGGAGAAAAGCGAUUCAUAGACUGCCAUUCAUCAGUUUACAGCUACGGUACGCUCCACUGAGUUCAAUGGAGAGGUGGGCAAGUGUUGGCCUCUUCGUUGAAAUAUAUUGAAAGCAGCACUAAGCUGUUUCCAUAAUUUCCAAAAAAUUCAAUGGAGGGGGUUGUGCAUCUCUCCACCUGACUCUAUGGAGCGUGUUAUGGUUGGGAAUGAACAAAUGGGUUCACCUGUCUUUGUAUAUCGAAAUUUUAAAGAGCUUGUUUGCUUUUGACAAUCUCCUCUACAUUAUGUGACUGUUGUGUACCUGGCAUUGUAUAUUGAGUCUUUUGUAACCUGAUGAAGGGGACUUAAGUAUCCCCGAAACGCGUAGUUUUACUUAAUCAAUGAAUACUCAAUAAAUAAGAUUUCCAUCUUUUACUGCAAGUGUCCUGGGUGGUGGUAUUGCGCCAUUUUGCGGUCUUGCUAUAUACAAACCAUUGUAAGAAAAAUAAGCAACCACAUACAGGUUUUCCCUAUAAUAGCAGCAGAUUGUGUAAACUCCCAAUAGUACUACUCUAUCACAAUCAACUACAUGCCAGAAAACACAUAUACAGAGCCGGCCUUAGUACAUGGCACCCUGUGCGGGAAG